AUCAGCAAUUUAAUACAAACAAUUUAAUACCAUCAAAAGCAGAGAUGUUGCUGUAUCUGUGUGUUUUACUGACUUUCUUCCACUGUUCUCUAAGUGAAGAUAUCACAUUCCAUGUUAAAGAAGAGAAUAGUCCCUACACCUAUGUAGGGGACAUUGCUACUGACUUACAGAAAUCAGACAGCUCCUUUUUAAAGAACAAAGAUUUAAUUACAUUUAGUCAACUCCAACAAAAGGGAGAACAGUUGUUCAAUGUGACGAAAACAGGGAAACUAUACACUGUUCAGACAUUGGAUGCUGAGUCUGUGUGUAGUUAUGAGAAAGAAUGUUUUGAAAUCGUUAAAGUUGCUGUUCACAAAUCCAAGACAUUUAUGAAGAUCUUAAAGAUUAAAGUCAUAAUAGAAGACAUCAAUGACCACCAACCUGAGUUUCCUGAGAAAGAAAUUACUCUACAUUUCAGAGAAGGAGAUGGUAAAGGUAUGAAGAAAACCAUUCCAAAUGCCAUUGACAAAGAUAAAGGUUAUCAAAACAGCUUAAUCAAUUAUGAAUUAAAUGGUGGAGGCAACUAUUUUUCAUUAAGUGUUUCCAAAGAAGCUGAUGGGUUAUCAACAUUAGAAAUAAUUCUGGAAAAUAAAUUAGACAGAGAAAAGAAAAGCAGUUACGCUAUUAAGGUCAUUGCUAAAGAUGGAGGAACGCCACCAAAACAAUCUAUUUUAAAUGUGAAAAUAUCUGUGGAAGAUGAAAAUGAUAAUAAACCAGAAUUUUCUCAAAGUAUCUACAAUGUCUCCAUUGAGCAUAAACAUAAAAAGAAUAUUCCAGUAGUCACAUUAUCUGCCAGUGAUUUAGACAUUGGCAGGAAUGGUAAAAUAUCUUUCUAUUUCAGUCAGAAAACAGAUGAUAAAAUAAAAGAAUACUUUCAUUUAGAUGAAAGUACUGGAAAGUUAUUUCUUGAAAAGCCUAUAAAUUUUGGUAAGAAAGAAUCAUUUAAAUUGUAUGUAAAAGCUAAAGAUAAUGGAAUCCCUCCUCUCAGUUCCAUAGCAAUCAUUCAGAUAAAUGUUAUCAACCAACACAACAAUGCUCCAAAUAUUGAU